AACUCGAUCCCGAUCCCCCUUCACACGCGGCGGUUGACGUCUCCGACGCCGGCGAUCUCCUCCGCCCCCUCCCCUCCCCCGCCGCCGCCGCCGACCCUCCUCAGCUCGGCCGCCACCUCCUCCGCCAGAGGGAGAGCCCCCUCCACCUCGGCUCCUGCUCCUCCAACGCCGCCAUGAAUUACAUCAUCGGAGCAUUCAAGGCGCCCUGCGACGUCUUCAUCACCUUCGCCGAUGAGAGGAGCCGGAAGCAGGUGGCGAUCAAGAAGGAUAACGGGAAGACGUUGAUGGUGCCGGCCUUCCAGAGCCUGGAGACUAUUGCAGGAGAGGUGUCGGUAGCGCCCGUUCCAGGUAAAAGGGUGGAGCACCAAGGUGUCAAGAUUGAGCUGCUGGGUCAGAUAGAGCUGUACCAUGAGAGAGGUCACUUCUAUGACUUCACUUCGUUAGUGCGAGAGUUAGAGGUUGCUGGUGAAAUCUAUGAAAGGAAGACUUAUCCAUUUGAAUUCUCUACUGUUGAGAUGCCUUAUGAGUCGUAUAACGGAACAAAUGUCAGAUUGAGGUACAUCCUGAAAGUUACAAUUGGCAGACCAUAUGCUACUAGUGUUGUGGAAUGUCGAGAUUUCUGUGUAAGGAAUUACACUCCUCUUCCUUCAAUUAACAAUAGCAUCAAGAUGGAAGUUGGAAUUGAAGAUUGUUUGCAUAUUGAAUUUGAGUACAGCAAAAGCAAGUACCAUCUCAAGGAUGUGAUCGUGGGAAAAAUCUAUUUUCUUCUAGUCAGAAUAAAGAUAAAGAACAUGGAGCUUGAGAUUCGUCGGCGGGAAUCAACAGGAUCUGGGCCUGGCACAUAUAUUGAGACUGAGACACUUGCAAAGUUUGAGUUGAUGGAUGGCGCUCCCGUAAGAGGUGAGUCUAUUCCGGUAAGACUCUUCUUGACACCAUAUGAGUUGACCCCGACUUACCGCAACAUAAACAACAAGUUCAAUGUCAAGUACUACCUGAACCUGGUUCUUGUUGACGAGGAAGACCGGAGGUACUUCAAGCAGCAAGAGAUCACAAUGUACCGCCUUCAAGAAACUCCGCAAUCUUCAUAAACUCCUGUUGCCUUGACUUGGUAACGACCAGAAAAACUUGGGUCUGUCUGGCAUAGGAGAGCACCGGAGUAGCAACUUAGCAUGAUGCGCCUUCCUGUAUAUAACUCUCCAGAGGAGCGAUGCCCUUUGUGAUGUACCGUGUACUGUUUUUGCCUAUGCUCUUUUCCCCCCCAUUUUCUCCUUCAUUCUGAUCAGGAAACAAACCAUGACAACGCUGGCAUUGUUGCCCUUUUCGCCUUGUUCAUUUGAGCUUUCUUGUUAGACUUUGUGGGAUAACCAUAUAUUUGUUGAUAUUUUGCUUCAUUGUUUUACCCUUUAAUAAGUUCAGUUGAACCCGAUAUGGUCUCCAAGUCGAUGUACUGCUGGCUGCAUGUUGAUUUUGUACCAAAGCAAGAAAUCUGAACAAACUCUGAUUGGAAACAGUAUGAACAAACAACACUGGAAUGUAACUGUUUGCGUGUGAAUGAUAAAGUUA